UCCCCAUGAUUGAGGAAGUCGGCACUUUCUCAUCUCCAGUAGUGGAUGUGAAGAAGGAGGGGCAUGUUUGGAAUCCCUACCCUUACUAUGGUGCUGCUCAGGCCUGGCCUCGAGGGUUUCCACUCGAUCGAAUCGUACCAUUAGAGAGAAAACUAUCAACUCAACAAGUCAAGUGCCUACCUAUUGUUCAACAGUACAUGGCCAAUCGUGAUCCUGACGUCGAUGCUAUCUACCGUCUCUCACACUCCCUACCCAUGGACUAUAUCAGUGACAAGAAGCGAAUGGUCCUACCUCAUGGUGUGUUCUGCCCUUAUAAUGCACAGGCUACAAUGCAUCUGCACAAAGCUUUCUUGUCGAUGCUCCUCCCCAAAACUGUUAGUGGUCGCGUCUCGGACAUUUGGCGAUCGUACAUCUCCGAGUAUGUCAUGUCCUACAUUCCUGACGUGUGUAUGAUGUUUGCCCCACCAGCUGUUCGUCACGAGCGCAACUCUCACGACUAUAUGAGGGACUUCUACAGUGAGCUGCCUCUCUACAUGAUGGCCUCUCAGCUUGUGGAGACGUUGGCUACUCACCCCCCACAGUUGGCUCCUCUGCAGGAGGUCCUACGAAACACCUACCUCAUGCUGUACGAGAUGGGAGUUCUGGAGGAAGAUGAUGUCAAGUAUGUCGUUGCUUGGAUUAAUGACCUGAACAAAAUUGGUUAUGAAUUUCCAUCGCUUUAAUUUUUGGCUUAAAAA